AUGACUGCUAGCACGAAUCCAGCAGAACAAGCAUACCUUGAUUUAUGCCAAAAGAUUAUAGAAGAAGGAGAGUUCAGACCGGAUAGAACUGGCACAGGCACAAGAUCUCUCUUUGCUCCUCCUCAACUAAGGUUCGAUCUCUCAAAUGACACUUUUCCUCUCUUAACCACAAAGAGAGUGUUUUCAAAGGGCAUAAUCCACGAGCUUCUCUGGUUUGUGGAAGGCUGUACUGAUGCUAAAAAGUUGUCUGCAAAAGGUGUUCGUAUUUGGGAGGGAAAUGGCUCGAGAGAAUAUUUGGAUAAAAUGGGUUUAACCGAUCGCAGAGAAGGCGACUUGGGUCCUGUUUACGGCUUCCAAUGGCGUCACUUUGGUGCUGAAUACAAGACUUGUGACGAUGACUACUCUGGUCAGGGCUUCGACCAGCUCCAGGACGUGAUUAAAAAACUCAAGACUAAUCCAUACGAUAGAAGGAUUAUUAUGUCUGCUUGGAAUCCCCCAGACUUCCCCAAAAUGGCUUUACCUCCAUGCCAUGUCUUUUGUCAGUUCUAUGUGAGUUUCCCUCAACCAUCUUCUCCCGAACCUUAUGCUCCCAAACUGACCAAGUCCCAGGCGAGACCUAAGUUAUCAUGUCUCUUAUAUCAAAGAUCUUGCGACAUGGGCCUCGGAGUUCCCUUUAACAUUGCGUCUUAUGCAUUAUUGACCAAAAUGAUUGCUCAUGUUGUUGAUAUGGACUGUGGCGAAUUCAUCCACACAUUGGGCGAUGCCCAUGUUUACCUAGAUCACAUUGAUGCCUUAAAGACUCAAUUGGAGCGCACCCCUAAACAGUUUCCUAAAUUGUUCAUCAAAGAGUCCAGAAAAGAUGAGAUACGCUCUAUAGACGAUUUUACGUUUGAUGAUUUUGAGAUUGUUGGUUACGAACCUCUCCCAGCCAUCAAAAUGAACAUGAGCGUUUGA